AUGAGGGCUAUUACCAAGGUGGAAAGUUUCAGUUCGAAACUGAAGUUCCUGAUGCCUACAAUAUGGUGCCUCCAAAGGUAAAAUGCUUGACAAGAAUCUGGCAUCCGAACAUUACAGAAACGGGAGAAAUCUGCCUAAGUUUAUUGAGAGAACAUUCAAUUGAUGGCACUGGCUGGGCUCCAACUAGAACAUUAAAGGAUGUCGUCUGGGGGUUAAACUCUUUAUUUACUGAUCUUUUGAAUUUUGACGAUCCUUUGAAUAUUGAGGCUGCAGAGCAUCAUCUGCGUGACAAGGAGGACUUUCGGAAUAAAGUUGAAGAUUACAUUAAGCGCUAUGCGAGAUGAUGAAGGGAGAUGGAUGGCAGGACCAUGGCUUCCACACUAGAGUUGUCCUUAACUUCAACAACAACAACAACAACAAAACCAGCCCGGAUUGUACUAGUCCUGUGUCCAUGUUGUACCGAAGAAGAAAACUAACUUCAUAACUUGUCCAUGUUAAAAGGAGAGUUCAGCAUAAAUACAGCAAGAAAUUGUGUAUGUUGGUUGAAAAAGUUGUUUGCUUACUUUUAAAAAUGUUUACUCUUCUGAACUGUACUGUAUAUCCUGUUGAUGAGAUAUGCUUGAGAAGUUAAAAGAAAUCACUAUUGAAAUUGUAA